AUGGAUUGCAAACCAGCUAUCACUACAGUCUCUCUUGGGUCCUGCAACUUUCACAGCAUUACCAAAAAGAUUGAUGAAGCGGCCCGAAAUGGAUUCAAGGCGAUCGAACUCUUCAUCGAUGACCUCGAGACCCUGGCCAGAGACAUCAGCUCAGCACCUGCCACCUCCAUUCCUUCUCGCGAAUCUGUGUUAGCCGCUGCCCAUCAGAUCCGCCAACAAUGUGACAGGUUAAACAUUGUCAUUCUCAACCUCCAGCCCCUACGUUUCUAUGAGGGUCUGGUCAGUCGCAAAAAGCGCAAUCAAAUCCUAGACGAGGUGCUUCCGAUAUGGAUGGACGCGCUGAAGAUCCUCGGCGCAGACACUAUCCUAGUUCCCUCAAACUUCCUCCCUGAAGAUCCCGCAACUGGGCUUCCCCAAACAGUGGGAGAUUUCGAUAUCAUUGUCGAAGAUCUCCGCGAACUGGCAGCACGAGGCGCCCAACAUGAACACUCCAUCAAAUUCGCCUACGAGGCACUUGCCUGGGGCAACCAUGUCAACACCUGGGAAAAGUCCUGGAAAAUUGUUCAGGCAGUUGAUCGGCCCAAUUUUGGCCUCGCCCUAGAUACGUUCAACAUAGCCGGCGCCAUCUAUGCCGACCCUACCACGGAAGACGGUCGUGUGGCGAACACAGCCGAGGCGGAUCUAUCCGCCUCGUUGAGCCGUAUAGCCUCUACUUUAGAUAUCAGCAAGCUGUUCAUAGUCCAGAUAGCCGAUGGAGAGCGUCUCAGCCAGCCUCUACGCCCAGGUCACGCUUUCUAUGUUGACGGCCAGCCCAGUCGACUGAGCUGGUCUCGGAACUGUCGGCUUUUCCUUUGUGAGACUGAGCGGGGUGGUUUCUUACCUGUUCUCAAAAUUCUCAAGGCUAUUCUCGAUCUCGGUUGGACGGGUUACCUUGCGUACGAAGUUUUCUCGCGUUCGUUGGCAGAUCGGCACCACCUAACACCGGCCCUACAUGCAGAGAGGGCGAAGCAAUCCUGGGAGGCGCUACGCAAGAUCUCAGAGAGCCGAACAAGUAAACAUGCUGAACCUAUCAAUUCCAGUUUCAAAUUACCUGGAAUGGGACUGUUGGAGACUGUGGUGCAUGAGGUGGAGAAAGGGGUGGAAACAGGGUUCUCAUUUGGUAAAAUCGAAUUAUAUUAA